AUCUGCCUUUGGCUGCUUAAGCCGCUUUUCUCUUUGCAUCUGUAAAAUCACUCGCACACGGGUUUGAGUUCACGAACAUCAUGUGUAGAGAAUAUGAGAAAGCGAUUUAUCAGUAAUAUGUAGUGAAUCUGUUGUUGUCUCUCUUGCGGCCUGUGUGUGUUUGAGUGGGAGGAGAAGCGGGAGUCUCUCUCUCUCUCUCUCUCUCUCUCUCUCUCUCUCUCACACACACACACACACACACACACACACACUCUACAUGAGGACAUUCGGAUCAACAGCAGUGGAGAGCAUGUGAUAACGCAGAGGAGCGCGACUCUUCCUCAGUGCUCGAUUCUCUCACCCGCUGACUGAACGUCUGUUCUCCUAGACAUCAUGUCCAUCGCACUCAAACAAGUGUUUAACAAAGACAAGACGUUCCGGCCCAAGCGCAGGUUCGAGCCGGGCACUCAGCGCUUCGAGCUGCACAAGCGGGCGCAGGCGUCACUCAGCUCCGGCGUGGACCUGAAAGCGUCCGUCCAGCUGCCGCACGGCGAGGAUCUGAACGACUGGGUGGCCGUGCACGUGGUGGACUUCUUCAACCGGAUCAACCUCAUCUAUGGGACGGUGUGCGAGUUCUGCACGGAGAAGAGCUGCCCGGUGAUGUCCGGCGGCCCGCGGUACGAGUACCGAUGGCAAGACGAGCACAAGUAUAAGAAGCCCACGCCGCUGCCCGCGCCGCAGUACAUGAACCUGCUGAUGGACUGGAUCGAGAUGCAGAUCAAUAACGAGGACAUUUUCCCCACCAGCAUCGGAAUUCCCUUCCCUAAGAACUUCAUCCAGAUCUGUAAGAAGAUCCUGUGUCGUCUCUUCCGCGUGUUUGUGCACGUCUACAUCCAUCAUUUCGAUCGGAUCCUGCUGAUGGGAGCUGAAGCUCACGUCAACACCUGCUACAAGCACUUUUACUACUUUGCCACUGAACUCAACCUGAUAGACCGCAAAGAGCUGGAGCCGCUGAAAGAAAUGAGCUCAAGAAUGUGUCUGUGAGCAGCAGACGUCUGAAGGUUUCCAAACACUCACACCUGAGAGGCUUUUCUGAGGAGCUUUAAUCCCAUGAACUGGAUGUUGCCGUGGAGAUGAGGUCGUCAACGGGGUGAUUCCAGAGCCUCGUGACAUCAUCACCGCAGCAGACCGAACUUUAAGGAUGAUGCUGAGAGAAACUGUCAGUGAGCGCUAAUGCUGCGCUUGCGGUCGCACUGUGCUAACAGAGGUCAAGAGGUCAAAUCCAUCAGUAGUGUUUCAUACAGACAUCAGCUCAAAUCCACACUAUGAUGUGGUCGCCUGAAUAACUUUCUGCUGCGUGAGGUUUGGAUGAGCUGCUUUCAUUUACUGUUUCUACAAUGUUUAUUUUUGCACUGAAAUUUCGGGUUUAGAUUGACUCAGUGGAUCAUUUCAUGAAGUUGUUUUAUAUCUGAUACAGUAAUGAACGGGAGUUCAGUGAGAUCACAGAACUGAAUCUGUUCAAGUCUCUGGUCAGCAUCACGAGUUACUAAAGUACUAAUACAAAUUAAGUUUACUUGAUGUUGUGAGUUCCAUUUUCAAGCUCCCGUCCAUCUUGUUUGUUUGAAUCUUCUACAUCCUACCCUGUGAAUUACACAAUUAAAGCAAUAAAGAAUAUUUUGAUUGUA